UCUACUCACAUCUGAGGACAAAGAAAUCCAAUCAGCGGAAGAACUUCAGGAUGAGUUACGGCAACAAUUGGACGAAGCAUGAGAGAGGAGAAGAAAAGCAAUCAUGAGGAAGGCCGGAUUAGAGAGUAGGGUAGAGGCACUGAGCAGACUAGAGGACCUAGAGGAGGCGACAUUAGAGCCUGCUGGACGCGUGCUGCGUAAUGCUGUCCUAUCUAUAGCAGAAGUGCAGACAGCUCAACAGGAACUGUUGACUGAUCUAGUGGCAGGCCAAAAACGAAUUUUGGAUGCACUACAGGCUCCUCGUCCAGUGAUGAGGCAGCCACAGUUUGUUGUACUUCCCCCUGCAGGCGCGGGUCCUUCAACGAUGCCGCGACCCAUGGGACAACCCUUCUCUCCUAUGUUUGGCAUGCCCCCUCCUGGUGGUGUAGGAGUAGCUAGUGGUCCGGUUCAAAGAGUCUCAGCCGUACCAUCUACAACAGUGGUCACUACAGUCCCACUGUCAAGCCAGACCCAGGUUAGUCUGCAACAACCUGUCUCAAUAGCUAUGCAGCCGCUGCAGCAAGCACCUGGGCCCAUGCAGCCUAUGCAGUGGAUGCCCAAGAUACCUUUGAUGAGUCCCGAGCCCUUCUCUGGUGACAGGAAGAAGGAAGAGGACUUAGACACCUGGGUGAGGAAUGUGCCUACUUAUGUGAGGCACAAGCUCACAAGGCCAGAGCAAGAAGUUGUUGUGGCUGCCUCCUUUCUAGAGGGGCCGGCAGCUCGCUGGUUGAAUGGCCUAGUGCAUCAACAGGGCUACGGUCAGGAUUUCGAUGCCUGGGCUCAGGCCCAGACAUUCGAACAGCUCGUACUGUCCGUCUACAACAGGUGGCAUAACCCGCAAGAGGCUCAAAAGGUCACCGAUGCUAUCAACAACCUUUGUUCCCGCAGGUUCAAGGAUGUUAGAGAGCUUACGGACACCGUAGAACGCCUUCUCGUGGUACUUGGUGUGCGUUUUGACCAGCAGGUUCUCUUGACGGAUUACCUAAGGUGCCUACCUGCAAAGCACACGAUGAACAGGAUUUUUCAUGACUACUUGAACAAGUUUAUCGUCGUGCACCUCGACGAUAUUCUCAUCUUUAGUAGGACUGUAGAGGAGCACGCUGAGCACUUGAAAACAGUGCUAGGUCUCCUAAGACAGCACCAGUACAAGGUGAACUUGGAUAAAUGCGAGUUUGGUCGCACCACGAUCCUGUACUUGGGUCAUGAAAUUUCAGCAGAUGGAUUGAGGCCGGAAGAUGCGAAGGUGGCCAGCACACGUGACUGGCCCAGACCUCAGACUGUUACUGAGGUCAGAUUGUUUUUGGGGAUGACGGGCUAUUAUCGUCCGUUUGUAAAGAACUAUAGUACUAUAGCUUCCCCAUUAACAGAUCUAACUCGACUUGACACCCCUUGGGAGUGGACUGAAGACUGUGAAGCAAGCUUCAAGAAAUUGAAGUGUGCUCUGACACACUACGAAGUUCUCAAACUUCCGGAUCCUGACAAGCCAUUCAUUGUGACCACAAACGCUAGCCAAUAUGGCAUAGGCGCGGUCCUUGCGCAACAAGAAGGGCCCAAGUUGAGACCGAUCGAGUAUAUGAGCAAGAAGAUGCCAUCUCAAAAGUUAGCUAAGUCCGCUUAUGAGAGAGAGCUCUACGCCCUGUACAAAGCGCUAGUUCAUUGGAGACAUUACCUCCUAGGAAGGUUCUUCUAUGUGAGGUCUGACCAUGAGACUUUGCGCUGGAUUAAGACACAGCCCGUGUUGUCAGAUGCACUCAAGAGAUGGAUUCAAGUGAUAGACAUGUAUGACUAUCAACUUGAUCCUAUCAAGGGUACUUACAACAAAGUGGUUGAUGCACUAUCAAGAAGGGCAGAUUAUUUGGGCGCGCUAGUUACCGAGUUCGACAUAUCUGACGACCUCACUCGAUCGCUGGUGGAAGCCUAUCAGGGAGAUCCAGUUAUGUCAGAGAUCAUCCAUAGAUUCCAAGCAAAGGACAAAAGGACUUUGGACGAAUUCACGAUGGUAGAUGGCUUGCUGUUUCUCGAGAAGGCAGGAAAUAAAAGAUUAUGUGUUGCUAAUAGUGAGUCUUUACGUAGUUUAUUUUUAGGAGAAUGUCAUGAUGCAACUGGUCAUUUUGGCUAUAGAAAGACAUCAGCGAACUUAAUGCAUAGAUUUUGGUGGCCUUCUAUGUUGGAAGAUGCAAAACGUUAUGUKGAAACCURCCAGGUUUGUCAAARGGACAAACCAAGGACUCAGGCUCCGCUUGGGUUGAUCAAACCCUUGCCGAUCCCUGAAGGACCAGGCCAGAGUGUGUCCAUGGAUUUCAUGGAUACCCUUGUGACCAGCAGGUCAGGAAAGAGACACAUCUUUGUCAUAGUGGACCGUUUUACCAAGUACGCCAGACUGAUCGCCAUGCCGGAAACAACCAAAACUGACUACGUCAUCAAACUGUUUAUGGAUAAUUGGGUACGUGAUUUUGGGUUGCCUACGUCCAUCGUUAGUGAUAGGGAUGUGAGAUUCACGAGUGAACUGCGGCAGUCAACCGCUGAACAGAUGGGCACCAAACUCCAAAUGACCUCAGGGAAUCACCCUGAGUCAAAUAACCAGGCAGAACAGAUGAACCGGGUAGUACAGCACCUGCUUCGGCAAUACAUUAAGCCAAGUCAGGAUGACUGCGACGAGAAGUUACCGCUCGUCGCCAGCUUGUACAACAAUGCUGUGCACAGUACUACCGGUAUGACUCCCAACCAGUUACACCUUGGUUGGAAGCCCAGAACUGCACUUGACUUUCUGCUACCAGAAAGACAAUCCACGGCAGCACCUGGCAGCAUAGAUUUUGCUGUCCAAUAUGAACAGAUGCUGCAGCAGGCUGUUGAACAUAUUAAGAAGUCUCAGGAUGCUAUGAUCGCAUCUGAGAAUAAGCAUAGACGGCCCUCCAACUUUCAGGUAGGUGAUAGAGUCUGGGUAAAGUCAUAUGAACUAGGUCAGGAGAUGGGGAUAUCUAGAAAAGUGAUGCCGCAGUAUUUUGGGCCCUGGGAGAUCUUGGACAUUGUAGGGGAUCAACCGGAUGGGCCUUCAUACGUGAUCCGUAUUCCUGCACACCUAUGCACCUGCCCAGUGUUUCAUGCCUCCAAGCUGGCACCUUUUGCUGCCACUGAUCAGUUUCCUUCCAGAAGAUCAAUGCUGCCCCCAACCAUGGAUGGUGAAGUGGACAUUGACCAGAUCAUCGAGCAUCGAGUGAUGCCUGUUCCUCGACCAUCAGGCAGAGGGCGACCUCCUAAACCGAGAAUGCAGUAUCGUGUGAGCUUCAGACAUCAUCUGGAUCCUAAAGAAGACCGGUGGUUCACACGAGAAGAACUCGUGAGAACAGCACCUCAAGUGAUUGCAGGCUAUGAAAGAGCACUCAAGGGGAAAAUGCCUGCAGAAUAAGAGACUUCUCAGAGGACUCACGAAGUAAAGGAGGAGGGAAUGCGAGGAUCAGGGUCCUCGGUAGGCUUAUGGGGCCCUGCUUGCACCAUUACCCGCCCUAAGUGAAGGCGGAGGUGCCCGCCCUAAGUGAAGGCGGGCCUGGCUUUUUGCAAGAGGCCCUCGACUGUCAAUUUCAUAUUUGGGGUCCAGGCAGUUGYGACRCGCSAGUUGGUURARAGAAACACAGGCCGAGCAACAAAGAMAUUUCCACGGC